UAGAACGAUGGGUGGAUAGUCAAAGGGUUUCGAUCAGUUUCGUGGCAUUCGUACUUAUCCAUGAAAAGGGCGCCUUUUUAUACGAAACGUUUCACACCUUCGGCCACCCUCGAUCGCCACGACGCAGCGCCUCUUCGUUGCGGUGCCCGUGUCCGCCACCGGGCCUCGCCGGAAACCCUCGUCGUUGGAUGCCCGAUGAUGGCCUCCGCUUGCGUCAACAACGCUGCGCUGGCGCCAGACUCCCCCUUCCUCGAUUUCGCCCCGGCGUGCCCUGGCUACGGCUGGCUCAGUCCCAGGAUCUCCUUCAGUCGCGACCUCGCCGACGGCGGCGCCGCCCCUUCGGGCCUCGAUGUUGGGGACUCUGAUCUCGGUGCCCUGGUCUCGUCCGCCGCUGUUGUGACGGAGAGGCCCGAUCCGAAUGAGCCGGGCGUGGAUCUCCCCGACUUCGAGUUCCGUCCCGACGAUCCCGUCACCAUGCUGCCCGCCGAUGAGCUUUUCUCCGAUGGCAAAUUGGUUCCGCUUCAGAUCGCGGCAAAGCGGCACCAAGCGGAGCCGGCCGACGGGAUACGAUCGCCCGAGGCGGAGAGGCCUCGUCGGGUGGCGGAGGUCCUCGGAUUGGAGUCCUGCGCGCAGUCGCCCAAGGCGCCGAGGUGCUCGAGCCGUUGGAGAGAGCUACUUGGCUUCAAGACGCAGCAAAACCCUAAGCCGGAGGCCCAAAAGGCGGCGACGCUUACUUCCAAGAGUGUGAACCACAAUACCAGAUCGCUCCGCCAUCUCCUCCACCGCCUGUCGAAGCACUCCGCCGCGGACGCCUCCCUCGCCAUCCCGCUCCUCCGAGAGUCGGACUUGGAGCCGGUGUCCAUCUCCUCUCGCCGUUCCCUCUCUUCCUCGUCCUCCUCCUCGGGCGCCGAUCACGACGAGCUUCCACGGCUCUCACUUGACGCGGAGAAGCCGGCCCAACGGUCGAUCUCGCUCAGUCGGGUUCCACACCGGGCGCGGCUCGCCCGGCCUAGGGUCGCCACUGCGGAAGGUCACCAGGCGGCGAGGACUGGGCGGAGCCCGCCCCGGCGUGGGGCGGAGCUGGCGCCGCCGAGGGGGGCGUCGGUGGACAGCCCGCGGAUGAACGCAUCGGGGAAGGUGGUGUUCCAGGGGCUGGAGCGGAGUUCGAGCAGUCCGGGCAGCUUCCACGGCCGAAGCACCUGGCACCACCACCAUCAGCACCGGGGGAAGCCGUAUCGGGCGAUCGAGCGAUCGUACUCGGCCAACGUCCGUGUCGCCCCGGUCCUCAACGUGCUCCCGGUCGGCUCGCUUCGGAUCUGCACGUCCAAACCCGGGUCGGUCUUCGGCUUGGCCCAGCUCUUCUCCCCCCACAAGAAAGAUAGGGACGCCUCUACCGCGAGGUGGAAUCUCCACAGCGGCGGCAACAGAAGCAAGAUUAUCGACAAGGAAAAGGCCCGAAGAGAAUCAACUUGAGAUCAUUUUGCUGUCCGUUUCGUGAUUGUCCAAUCUCACCUGCCCCCUCCUCUGCGGUUUGAGCACAGACGGGGCCCGACAUGGCCCGGUCCCUGAUCUCCAAUCACAUGCCACCGCUCUCGCUGCUGCCGGCGUCCUUCUUGCGACUGCAGCGCGACUGCUUCCAUGUGAUGCUGCUCCACGUUCCAUUGUGCUGUGUGGUGUCCAUUCCCCUCGUUUUCCACCACAUCUCGCCUCCCCCUCCGACUGCUCUGAUCCCAAACUCCAAGAAACCUCAUCCAAUGGACGGAUUGGGCGAACAAGCAGUGGCGUGCAACUGCUUCUGGACCGAGUCAAAAUGGAUUGAAUCGAUGGUAUGGUGGGUCUCCUUGGGAUUUGUAGCGAGUGCUUUUGCGGUGCACCUGAAAAGCAGGCUUUUCAGAGACCUGCGCUUGCUUCUGUGCCCAAAGAUUCCCUCGUCAACCAUUUUGAUUUCCUAAAACUAAGAUAAUGUUUUUUUUUCGAUGUUCAUAAAACAAUCGUUAAAAAGGAGUUAAUUUGAAUGUUUCUGCAAAUAUACAACAUAUAUUUUUCUUUUUAUUGCAAAAUAACUGUCCACAUGUUAUAUUGGAUUCAUUCUCUCCAAACUACUCUCUUCAUUCUUCUCUUAUAUUGGAUUGUCCAUAUGUUAUAUCUCAAUGCUGUUCCUUUAUAAUUUAAAUAACAAAAUGAUUGUGUUAUAUUAUAAAGUAAGACUGUAUACAUUAAUUGCCAAAUGUGAUUUAAGACACUGGAUUAAUUGGUCGUAAGUGCUAAAGGUGGCAUUGCCAUGUUGAACUCACCACUAUUUCUCUUCAUCUCCUGAAAUUUAAAUCAGAAAGUCUUAUAUUUAACUUCAUCUCCUAAGAAUUGAAUAAUUUAUUUCAAUUUUUUGGGCAACCUUCUUCGCACAAAAUCAUGUGGUAUUUUAUGCAUUAGAAUUGACUUAUAUGGCUCUAGCUUGAACUAUGUGGAUCAUGUUCGUAGUCGAAUUUGGACUUAAGCAUUGUGGGCUGAAGUUGGCACUAGAAAUGUCAAUGUUUUUUCGUCUGGUCCAAAAAACCCUAAGACCGAAGGUGGGCUGAUGAAUAGGGUUUAAGGUUUAGGGUUUUAUGACUUCAAAUGAUGAUUGAAACAUUAAACACCAUAUCCUGCUUAAACAAACACCACAUCAGACUCCCAAAAUAUUCUUCAGCCUGCUAAAUACUAUGUAGAAGCUGUACCUCAACAGCUGAACUGUCUGUAAAUAUUCAACGAUAGGAAUAACGGGUUGCAUGGCAUUCUCUUCAUCAAAUUUUGAAGGUAGAUCGAAACAUAUCGAGUCUGGAAGUAACAUGUUGAUAACCAAAUAAGAAAGAUACUACUCUGACCAAUGACCACAUUGGAUCUAGUUAGUUGAUGGAGAUUUGAGAGAGAGAAGCUCUUAGCAGUGGCCAUGUUCCGAAUAUGGCCUGGCAUUGCCAUCAGUCUCCUUUAAGCUUUCCACUCAGAUAAAAGAGACAAAGGUCAAUCAGAGCUGUCCACAGGCACAGUCAUGAAAUGGGGUUUUGCUGAGAGGCUUUUGUUAAGUACACUUUGGUGGGGUCCUUGGUGGGACCUCCUCACCAUCUCUGCCCUUCUCCCCAAAGGCUCUGCUGCAUGAUUCUGAUUCAUUGUCCUGAGGCAUCUUUCACCAUUUUGGCAUCAGGACUAACAAGUUGCAGUAUCCUCAAAGCAGAGGUGACCAGAUGCAUUAUAUAGGGUUCCUGUCCUUGCAUAAAUAGGAAAGUGAUGGGAGGGGGAAUCUUAUAUAGGUAAGGUAGAGUUUCACAGAUAAUGAUAUAUAUGUAUUAUCCAGAGAAGGCCAGAAUCAAUCCAGCAUGAGGUGAUCACUUGAUCAUGCUGGGAAUUCAUAUGUUUAUUCUUUUUUCCUUUCUUUUUCCCCCCUCUUCUUCAUAGCAGACACUUCCAGCCCUGAAAAGCUAACCUACUAUAACCUAUUAGAUAAGGAAAUGCCUGCUGAGAUAUGAUAAUGCUUUCUUAAAGUUAAAGGGAAAAAGAGGACUCCUGAGAUCUACCAAGAUAAGGAUAAUGUUCAAUUAAUUAGAAUGUACAACCAGAAUGGUACUGUGCCUUCAGUAAAGUGGUGCUGUAGAUGAUUGCUAGACAAAAAAUAAAAUGUACCCUUGCUGAAUGUUUUGUAAACAUAUAUUCAAAAUACACUAUCCUUUGAUUUUAUCACAAUGUUCUCUUCAGUAUCCAGCAAAUUGGACUUUCUUUUUGUUCUCUGCAUGGUAUUAUUUCUGAAGUGAUCUCUCUCUCUCUCUCUCUUUUAUUAUUGUUGAUUGGAAUUCUCUAGUGUCAAGAUGGUAAGACAACCAAAUAGGCUCAGGACAAAGUUAUGCAAGAUUGAGACCUGAUAACAAUUAUCAUAAUAACCAUAAUCAUUUUCAGAAGCAACAAUGACCUGAUCAUAAUAACAAAAACAACUUGAUAACAAAGAGCCCCUAGAAGUAACAAUGAUCAUACUAACAUACUAAUAAUCUCAGCAGCUUGAUCAGAAGAUAUUUUCAUAGAAGGAAUCAAAUAUGGUC